CACGAUUCACCCCAAUCCCCCACUCUUGAAUAAAACCAUUGGGGAGAGAGAAAGAGGGGUUUAGAGAGAGAAACAGAGAUGGUGUUGAUCCAACCAGAGCCGAGUGAAGAAGAGAAUAAUAAAGUCGAUGCCACUCAGAAACCAAAGCCAUCAAAAGCUUCAACAACAACGGGAGCAGAUUCAAGCGCCGACACGGCGACGGUGGCGACUGGUUACGCCUCCGAUGGAUUCGAAACCGCCAGCGAGAGCGAAAUCAACGACGACGGGGAUGAACAUCAACAUCAAUCUCCGCCUCCAAAUGACGACUCUUUCGAAGAUUCAUCCAACGACGAGGAACGGAAACAGAAAGCAUUGGCACAAGCAAAUGAUGCAAAAUUGGAAGGCAAUAAACUAUUUGCAGAUGGGCAAUAUGAAGAUGCAUUGUCAAAAUAUGAGCUUGCUUUACAAGUGACACCAGACAUGCCCUCAUCUAUCGAAAUACGUUCAAUAUGCCAUGCAAAUCGUGGUACAUGUUUCUUCAAAUUGGGAAAAUAUGAAGACGCGAUCAAGGAAUGCACAAAAGCGAUAGAACUAAAUGCUAGCUAUGUGAAAGCACUGCUUAGAAGAGGAGAGGCUCAGGAAAAGCUUGAACACUUUGAAGAGGCUAUUGCUGAUAUGAAGAAAAUCUUGGAGUUGGAUGAAUCACAUAUCCAAGCUAGGAGAACCAUAUGUCGUUUGGAGCCAUUAGCGGCAGAAAAGCGGGAAAAGAUGAAGGAAGAGAUGAUUGAGAAGUUGAAGGAAAUGGGGAACUCUGUUUUGGGCCGCUUUGGGAUGAGCGUCGACAAUUUCAAAACUGUUCAAGAUCCAAAAACUGGUUCCUACUCUAUUUCAUUCCAACGCUAGUUGUGGUGGUUUGUCAUCACUACAUGCUCGUCAUUAUUGGAAGCAGUAGAUAGAUUCUGGAAGCAGAUGAUGAAAUGAUGUGCAAAUAUGGAGUCAUGCAGAUGAUGGAACUAUAUAUUUGAAAAUUAGGUGUGGCUCCAUUGUGAGAGAAAAUGGAGUUAGGCAUUUCCUUUACAUAUAUGAAACCCUGGAUCUGUACUAAGAUUUUUCUCUUGUGCAAGUUUGUGUUAUUGUUUGGUGCA